AUGUCCCUGGUCCUGCAGAUUGUGGGCCUGGUCCUGGGUCUCCUCUCCUGGGGUCUGACCUCAAGCUGCACUUCCUCACACCACUGGAAGGUCCGGAGUCAGAUGGAGUCGGUCAUCGCCUCCCAGUGGACGUACGAGGGACUGUGGAUGAGCUGUGCAGCCACGAGCAGCGGCUCUGUGCAGUGCUCCAGGUUCAAGACCGUCCUGGGACUUCCAGUCCACAUACAGGUGUGCCGUGGCCUCAUGAUCCUGGCUCUGGUCCUGGACUUGGUCUCGUCUCUUGUCUCGGCUCUGGGUCUGAAGUGCACCAGGUUCAGUGGAGUCUCAGACCGGACUAAAGCCCAGUUGACCCUGAGCGGAGGAACUCUCUUCAUUCUUGCAGGUCUCCUCAGUCUUGUUGCCGUCUCUCUGUUUGCGAGUCGAGUCAUCCAGGACUUUUACAGCCCAGUGUACGGCGGAGUCAGGUUUGAGUUGGGGUCUGCUGUGUACUGGGGUUGGUCUGGAUCUGCUCUCUCUGUGAUGGGAGGAAGUCUGCUCUGCUGCAGCCUGAGAGGGGGAGGAGCCAGAGGGAAUCAGGUGUCGGGGAAGUUCUCUGAUCCUCACGUCUCCUACAGAGCUCCUGCCUCUAACUACGUCUGA